GCGAAGCCGCGGGAGACUCGACCACGUUUCUGAGGCACUCCAAUAGAUUUCUUUUUUGGGACUACCGGGCAUAUUCACGGGAGCAUGUUAUGGUGCAGUCGCUCGCAGCGUGGUUGCAUGGUUGCACGCUAGCGAUUCCCCAUCUUCAAACGGCCCUCUGACCCGCGAGACACCCGGAGCUCGCAAUGGUUGUGCAGCGGAAGAGUGCGUUUGCAGAGGAGAGCGCCGAGGUGGAGGUGCUGUAUGCGAACCUGGAGAAGCUUAAAGGCUUGACGAAGAAGAUUCAAGGCUCCUUGAACAGACUGGAGACGAGCGGCAAAUCGGUCGAGGAGGCCAUCGCACCCAUCUACAGCAAUACGCAGCGCUUACAGAUUACCAACAGGAAUAUCGACAAUGUCAUCGAGGUGAUUGAUCGCUUUAGGAAGCCCCUAGACCAACGGGAUCGCGAGGAUAAAGUGAUACGACAAGAUCCUCGCGUUGUUGGAAUACCAGACUACGUGGCAUCGAUAGACCGAGCCACCCGUGCGCUUGCCGGCCUUCAAGCGUCCCCGCUACAGACGAACCAGAAAGCUAUCAGUGAGCUCUCGGCACUGCUGCGGUAUGGUGCAAAGCAAUUGGAGCAGGUCUUCAGGGACAUAUUGCGAGAGGAAUCAGCGAAAAUAGAGCCUAUGCAGUACAUGGCCAAAGGCAAGCCAUUCCCCACCAUAUCGGACAGCAACAGCAACACUUUACGACAAAUCCACACUCACGUUUCUGCAUCCGUCACGCAGGCCUCACAAGGGAAUACGGCGGAGUCGCCCACGAUCAAAGCAUACACGGAGAUACGAGGAGAGUACAUAGCAAACACGCUGAAGACGCUCGCGAUGGCGGCCGUCAACACGGGCCGCAAGAUGAACGCCGACCAGAUAUACCAGCCGGGCACAAACACGCUGCCCAUGUAUGCGGAUGGGUUGAAGCAGAUGGCGGAGACGGAGUACAACGUAGUGAGCCCCAUCUUUCGACGCGAGGAGUGGGAGCGCGUGUGUGCGUCGACGAUGCGGCAGCCGAUUCAGGAGUUCGGCAAGACGUUGCGCGAGCUCAACACGCAGAUCCAGAGCAACAUGAUGACGGACUGCUUCUUGGCGUACGAGAUUGUCGGGGUCGUGCAGCGGCUGGCGCUGGACCUUGAGCGUGUCUUCGACGUCAAGCAGCCCAUCCUGGACGCACUCAAGCCGGUGCGCGACACAGCGAAGAUGUCGAUGUCGUCUCUCCUGUCCGGAAUCCGCGACGCGGCGUCGAACCUGGCGUCGCUGCCGCAGGACGGAGGGGCCAUACCGCUGACGGCGGACGUUAUGACCAAGCUGCAGACCAUGGUGCGCCUGCUGGAACCGGUGACGUCUGUGCUACGCGACCUUGGCGACGGGGGGUGGUCGAGACCGGUGCAGACGCUCGACGUGCAGCCCAACGGCGAGCAGCUGUUCGUCAAGUACGCGCGCGACAUGAUCGAGACGCUGCUCAACGCCGAAGAGCAGCGCGCGCGAGCCCUGCUCAAGAGCGCGGCCGUGCAGGGCGUCUUCAUGGCGAACAACAUCGCCGUCAUCACGCGCAUGAUCGAGUCGUCGGACCUCUUCCCGCUGCUCUCCGACCUGAUCCCGACCUUUGUGGAGACGCGGCGCAAGCAGGCGGCGAAGCGGUACCUGGACGAGUGGCAGAUGGUGUGCCGGCACCUGUUGGACCAGCAGAACACGCGGGCGAUGCGGCCGCCGUCCGGGGGCGCGUCCGAGUCGGCGGUGGUCGUCAAGGCGCUCAGCUCCAAGGACAAGGAGGCCAUCAAGAACAAGUUCGCCGCGUUCAACAAGGACUUCGACGAGCUGAUGGCCAAGCAUCGCAGCUACAACUUCGAGAGGGAGGCCCGGGCCAUGUUCUCGAAGGAGAUCAGCGCCUUGCUCGAGCCGAUGUACCGCCGGUUCUGGGAGAGGUAUCACGAGAUCGACAAGGGCAAGGGAAAGUACGUCAAGUACGACAAGAGCCAGAUGGCGGCGACGUUGUCGACGCUGUGAGAGGCCGACGCGAGCUACGAGACGAUCCCGUUCAUGUGGGCCGGGUGACUGGACGACGGAUCAAAAGUUCCUUGACCCUUUUCAAAACCGGAAUCCUUUUGUUUUCUGAUCUCCAUUCCUUUUCCCUGUUUCCCCCCCCUUUUUUUUCCCUUAUCUUGCUGGAUACCCUACGUCGAGGUGCUGGGUGUUUUGGGUGUGAACAGCUGUUUGGUUUGCAUUUUCUCUGCUUUUUUUUUCUUUUGCUUUUCCUCGCGGCUUGCGGUAGUUGCUUGGGAUCGUCUCAAUGAAAAAAUAAUAAAUAAAUUCCGAGCGCAUGGUCGCCCCCCAACGGCUUUCAUUGGAGGACUUGCUCACAUUCUCUUGUGGCUCUUUGCUCUUCAUGUACAUAUACAGCAAUGGCACAAGCCUUUA